CUUGGAAUUUGAUCAAUCGGUUGCUGUUGAAUGGAUUGGUAAUUAUUUAAUGUUUUGAGAUGUAUGCAUUUCGUUUGUUUGUGUGUGCAGUAUGAUAUUCUAUUUCAGUUCUCUUUUUUAUUAUUUGGCGUUGAAAUAUGGAUUGUUGUAUUCAUAUUAGUUGAUUUUUUGUUGUUUUAGGUUCUAGUGAAGAAGAUACUUGUUCACGUGCUUCUAAAUUGUUAUUUCUUCUCAGCAGAGAUGCAUUGGAAACUGUUGAUCAGGCAACAGAGAAUAAAUCACUUGUUGGAUUUAGUGUCAAAUGUGAACAGGAUGCUUAUAAUCUUUACAACGAUCAUGCUUUUGAAAAUGGAUUUGGUAUUCGUAGAUACAAACAGAGAUUUAGGAGUGGAAAUGUAAGUUUGAGUAUGAAGUCUUAUUGUUGUUGGAAAGAAGGAAAGAAACUACAAAAGGGUACUGAAAACAAAUCUUAUACGAAGCUAGAUUAUCGUUCUGAUUGUAAAGCGAAGUUACAAUUUUCUAUUGGUGUUGAUGGUGACUGGACUGUUUCGAAGCAUAUUAUUCAUCACAAUCAUGCUUUUUGUGCCAUUGGUCAAAGACAUUUGCUGAAAUCACAUAGAGGUGUUGAUCGUGAAUAUCUUGAGUUUAUUAUGUUGAUGAAGGAGAGUGGGACAAAGGUUUCCGAUAUUCACAGAAUGCUUCAAAAGCAAUCUGGAGGUGUUAGUUCUCUUGGUUUCACCAAACGUGAUGCUUAUAAUGUUUUGGAAUAUGAAAGGAGUAAAAUGUUUGAUGGCACUGAUUCAAACACUUUGAUAGGUAUAUUGAAGAAAAGGGCUGAAGUGGAAUCUGAUUUUUUCUUUGAUUUUGAUUUGGAUGAUGGUAUCCUGAGUUGUUUUUUUUGGAGAGAUGGGCAUAUGAAAUCAGAUUAUGAUAGGUUUGGAGAUGUAGUUAUUCAUGAUACAACUUAUCGGACUAACAAGUAUGACAUGAUCUGUGGUCCUUUCGUUGGUAUGAAUCAUCAUUGUAAAAACAUAAUGUUUGGUUGUGGUUUUAUGUUGAAUGAGAAGGUGGAAUCUUUUGUUUGGUUAUUUCA